AUGGGACAAGGAGAAGAGGUGAACACAAGAAACCCAUCAGAUGUUGAGAUUCAGGAAAGAGGGGAGAUAUAUUUCUUUUACAGACCAAAAGUGGGCAAAGAAGAAGCACAUAGCUCCGAUGAUGUCCAGAAAAUGUACAUCGUUCUAAGGCCAGAGUCCGGGGAGACAUCCACUGAAGUCAAGCAAGCAGAAGAUGACCAUGAUGAUGAGGAGAAAAACAAGGAGGAUGUCCAGCCAUCAUCAUCUGCUGGUACUCAGGGUGGCCAUGGUGCCCAGGAGGUCAAUAUAGAGAAGGAAACACUUUUAAGGUUCAUUGUUAUGGGAAAGAAAAGCCUUCCUGAUCCAACCAAGAAGAGCAUGCCUUUUUGGGGAUUUGUUGAGUUGGUGACCACCAAGAUUCAAGAUGUUAAGGAUGCUCUAAAAGGAGAAGAAUAUGAUACAAAGACUAGAGGACACAGGCACAAGCCUCCAGCCAGGGCAUUAGGUGAAGGCAUGUAUCGCAUACUACGCCACCACGUAGGAGGUGUAAAAGACGAUAAGAAGAAGAAGAUGCACACUCAUCUAAUUUACAAGCUAGAAUUACCAUCGGAAGAUGUAAACGAGCAACCACAGGAAGCUUUAAACGUUGAAAGGGAGGCUUCUUUCCUGAUACAGAUCAAGAAUCCUGAACAAACUGGCAAGCAAGGACGGACAGAGUUUAGAGGGCUUCAGAGAAAAAGACGGGCAGUGUUUCCUGCCCACCUUCAAGGACAGUUCGGAAAACUACGCUACCAUGCCGCUGAUCCUCCUGACUUUCUAAAUUAUGAAGGAUGCGAGUUUUUACUAAUAUCGGCAUCUGAUGACAUUGAAGAGGAACUUGGGCUGGACUUGGAAACAGAACAAACCCAUGAUGCUUCUUGUUCUGACCUUGUUAACACUUUUGGUGUUGGGGAGACUGGAUCCGCAGAUGCGCUUCUCAGAGGCAUUUGGGUUUGA